CUCAUUAGCUUGAUGAUAAAAAAUGAAAAUUGAAUGGUAUUGAUAAUUGGGUCACUACAAGGUAAUUUAUUUAUUUAUUUAUUUUAUUAUUGUUCAUCACUUGAUGUACAGAACAAAGCCAAACCCUAGCCCAUUAUCUUAAUUUCUCCCUUUAGAAAAAGAAAAAAUCUCUCCACCCUUCCAUUGCUCUUCUUCUCCACCGCCAUGUCUCACUUCGGAAGGUCAGGGCCGCCCGACAUUAGCGAUACUUACUCUCUUCUCAUCCUCAACAUCACCUUUCGCACCACUGCUGAUGAUUUGUUUCCGCUUUUCGACAAGUACGGCAAGGUGGUCGACAUCUUCAUUCCCAAAGAUCGAAGGACCGGUGAUUCUCGAGGUUUUGCAUUUGUUCGCUACAAGUAUGCGGAUGAGGCACAAAAAGCUGUGGAUAGGCUCGAUGGGAGAGUCGUUGAUGGUCGGGAAAUAACAGUUCAGUUUGCAAAAUACGGGCCUAAUGCAGAGAGGAUUCACAAAGGAAGGAUAGUUGAAUCAGCACCAAGAUCAGGGCACAGGUCAAGAAGCCGCAGUCCUCGCAGAAGGCACCGUGAUGACCAUUACAGAGAUAGGGAUUAUAGAAGAAGUCGUAGUAGAAGUCACGACAGGUAUGAACGUGAUCGCUAUCGUGGGAAAGACAGAGAUUCUCGGCGCCGUAGCAGGAGUCGCAGUGCUAGUCCUGACUAUUCUAAAGGCCGAGGAAGAGGCCGCUAUGAUGAUGAUAGGCGGAGUGUUAGUCGAUCGAUAAGUGCUUCUCCUGCUCGCCGCAGCCCUAGUCCUCGGAAGAGUACUUCCCCUCGUAAGUCUCCCCCUAGGGGUGAAAGUCCUGAUAGACGUAGCCGUGAUGGACGAUCUCCAAGUCGUCGAAGUGUUUCAACACGAGGCCGUCUAGCUGAUUCUCGGAGUCCAUCUCCUCAAAACUCAGAUGUUGAUGAAUGAUCUUGCUCAUGGCAUCGGAAUUAUGGAGACUUUGAGUAGCAUGUUUCUCAUUGAUAUGUUGCUAGUGUUGAGGACAUCCAAGUAUCAUGCAUUUUCUAGUAUUGGUAGGACUGGGGUUUUGGUGUUUUAAUUGACUUCAGCUUUGUUAUGGCAUCUGAACUUAUGUAGUUUUUAGCUUGAUGUUUCAUUACUCAUCAAAGGUUUUGUGAUGUAAGUUUGUUAUUGUAGUUUGUCGCCAUCCUCUCUUCAGAUCUCAUAUUUGGCUCUGAUUUUGCUUUAUAUUUGUCUUUCUAAUUAUGCAAGGGGCAGUGUGCAUGCGUGUGUGUGUGUGUUUUAUGGUUUAUUUUCUAAGAAGGCUGAUUCAUCUUAAACCAUCUGUUGGGUUUUAUAGCAAUGUUCGGGAAAGAAUGACUUGGGCAAAUGGACAUGGUGUUGAUGUUGAUGUUGAUGUUGUGGCUGUCGGUGCUGUUUGUAUCUUUAGAUGAUUGUUCGUGAUUAUGAUGCUGGUUAUAGCAGUAUGCUGAUUGUGCAGGACUGUCUGUUUACUAUUUUUAACUGAAAGAUACGGUGAUGGGUAAGAUCUGUUGUUGCGUCUUAGUUUCCAGAAAGCCUUGUACCAUUUUGGUUUCUGAUGUUUCAAUCUUAUUAUCCUCCGGUCUUCUGAUUCUAAAUAUUGACACUGAGGAUGAGUUGCUGUGAUGGUAAGAAAGGACCUGAGAUGAUUUUUUGACCUGGGGAAUGCUGUCUUUGAUGGAUCUGUGAUGCGUUAUAUCUUACGAGGUUACUAAAAUUAAAAAAAGUAAUGUAUGGUCUGAACCUUGCGAUUGCAUUAAAGAAUUAACAUGUUCCUUUUUAAUUGCUUGUUUGGUGCAUUCCGCUAAUCUCGUUUAACCAUGAUCUUGUUGCUUUAAUGUUUUGAGUUGUAGCAAAUUUGACCGUGACCGUGUAGCUGUGAAGCGGUUGUAAGAUAUACACGGCUUGUGGGAAACCAUUUGAGUAGCCGACAAAUAAGAUGUAGCAGGCUGUUGCUGCCUUGUUGUAUCACAUUGAAAAUGGUUUUAGCAUAGUUGCUUAGCUCUGUUGCUAGUCUGCUUGUAGCGGCCUGUUGCUGCCCUUCCUGUGGGGGAUGUGCCGGUUAUGGCACUAGCAGCAUGUGAUAUCCCACAUACGGUCACAUGGCAGGGUUUAGCCUUCAAUGUCGCUCCUUUAAUUGAUAUGUUCUACGAUAUUGCGUGACUAUAUGAUCUAAUAGUAUAUUACAAUCCGGAGACCCCUAUUCUAUAUUGCUUUAGAGAUGGUAAUUAAGGAAUGCAGUGAGUGGUUUUCUGUGCUGAA